CCCUCCCCCUUUCCAUUCACAUCAAGAUUCAUUUUCAACUCUCUUUAUAUACAGAAGAUCAGUUUAGUAUACAUUAAGUAAAGAUUUCAACAGUUUGCACCCACAUAGAAACACAAAGUGAAAAAUACUGUUUGAGUACUAGUUAUAGCAUUAAAUCACAAUGUACAGCACAUUGAGGACAGAGAUCCUACAUGAGGAGCAAGUGCACAGUGACUCCUGUUGUUGACUUAACAAAUUGACACUCUUGUUUAUGGCAUAAGUAAUCACCCUAGGCUCUUGUCACACAUCUGAUCAUAUUUAGACAAGGUCAUAGUCAAAGUGGAAGUUCUCUCCUCCCUUCAGAGAAAGGUACCUCCUUCUUUGAAGACCUGUUCCUUUCACUGGGAUCUCACUUGUGGAGAUCUUUCAUAUAGGGUGUAGGUUUUUUUUUUUUUUUUUUUUGCCAGAGUGUUUUGGCUUUCCAUGCCUGUAAUACUCUCAUAGGCUUUUCAGCCAGAUCCGCGUGCCUUAAGGGCUGAUAAUGAGGCCAGAGUGCUGUUUAGACAUCUGCCAUUCUAUGGGUCUGCUGUGUAUCUCGCUUCCCAUGUUGGAUCAUUCUCUCCCUUUUUAUUCUAUCAGCGAGUAUUUGCAGACACUAGUCUUGUUUAUGUGCUCCCUUUGGUCUUAGUCCUAUCAUUAUGAUCAAUUGUGAACAGAAAUUGAUCACCAGGACUAAUCAGAUGGCAUUGGUACAUGCCACCUUGAUGGGAUUGAAUUGGAAUCCCCUGGUAUGUUUCUAACUCUACCAUUUGAGGUAAGUCAGCUUGAGCAUGUCCCGAAUUGCACAACUCUUCCCUCUCUUACUCCCACUCUUGUAUUUAACAGGGAUCACUUUUCAGUUAAGUUUCAACACUUGAGAAUAACUGUGUAUUGAUUACAGUAUUCAACCAAAAGUAUUAAGUAGAACAACUAAACAAAAAAAUACUAAGAGGGAUAACGUAUUAAGUUGUUCAUCAACAGUCAGGGCAAGGGUUGAUCAAGUCACCGUUUCUCAUAGUGUUCAUUUCACUUUAACAGGUUUCCUUUUUGGUGCUCAGUAAGUUGUCACCAAUCAGGGAGAACAUAUGGUAUUUGUCCCUUUGGGACUGGCUUAUUUCACUCAGCAUAAUGCUUUCCAUAUUCCUAACAGGCAUCACUUUUCAGUUAAAAUUUAAAACCUAAGAAUAAUUGUGUGUUAAUUACAGAGUUCAACCAAUAGUACUAGAACAAAAAAAAUACUAAAAUGGAUGAAGUAUUACAUCGUACAUCAACAGUCAGGACAAGAGCUGAUCAGGUCACUGAUUCUCAUAGUGUCCAUUUCACUUCAACAAGUUUCCCCUUUGGUGCUCAUUUAGUUGUCGCCGAUCAGGGAGAACAUAUGAUAUUUGUCCCUUUGGGACUGGCUUAUUUCACUCAGCAUGAUGUUUCCCAGAUUCCUCAAUCUUGUUGCAAAUAACCGGAUUUCGUUGUUUUUUACUGCUGUAUAGUAUUCUAUAGAGUACAUGUCCCAUAAUUUCUUUAUCAAGUCUACUGUUGAUGGGCAUUUGGGUUGGCUCCAGGUCUUAGCUAUUGUGAAUUGAGCUGCAAUAAACAUUAAGGUGCAGACAGCUUGUUUGUUUGCCAAUUUCAUUUCCUUUGGGUAAAUUCCAAAGAGUGGGAUGGCUGGGUUGAAUGGUAGGGUUAUAUUCAGAUUUCUGAGGAAUCUCCAGACUGACUUCCAUAGUGGCUUAACCAGUUUGCAUUCCCACCAACAGUGGGUUAGUGUCCCUUUUUCCCCACAUCCUCUGCAGCAUCUGUUGUUGGUAGAUUUCUGCAUGUGAGCCAUUCUCACCGGGGUGAGGUGAAACCUCAUUGUGGUUUUGAUUUGCAUUUCCCUGAUUGCUCGUGAUCUUGAACAUUUUUUCAUGUGUCUGUUGGCCAUUUGGAUUUCCUCUUUUGAAAAAUGUCUCUUGAGGUCCUUGGCCCAUCUCUUAAGCGGGUUGUUUGUUUUGAUGUUGUGGAGUUUCUUGAUCUCUUUGUAGAUUCUGGUUAUCAACCCUUUAUCUGUUGCAUAGUUUGCAGAUAUUUUUUCCCAUUCUGUUGGUGGCCUCUUCACUUUCCUGACUGUUUCUUUUGCAGUACAGAAACUUCUCAAUUUGAUGCAAUCCCAAAUGUUAAUUUUGGUUUUGACUGUUAAAGAAGUCUUUGCAUGUACCUAUAUCUUGCAGGGUUUUUCCAAUGCUCUCUAGUAAUUUGAUGGUAUCGGGUCGUAGAUUUAAGUCUUUAAUCCAUGUUGAGUGAAUUUUUGUGUAAGGUGAAAGGUAGGGGUCUUGCUUCAUGAUUCUGCACGUGGAAAUCCAAUUUUCCCAGCACCAUUUAUUGAAUAGACUGUCCUUACUCCAGGGAUUGGUUUUAGAUCCUUGAUCAAAUAUGAGUUGGCUGUAGAUGUUUGGAUUGAUUUCUGGUGUCUCUAUUCUGUUCCAUUGGUCUAUCCAUCUGUCUGUACCAGUACCGUGCUGUUUUGAUAACAACUGCCCUGUAUUAUGUCCUUAAAUCUGGUAUUCUUAUGCCUCUGGCUUUGUUUUUGUUGUACAAGAUUGCUUUAGCUAUUCGAGGUCUCCUGUGUCUCCACAUGAAUUUCAGCAUCAUUUUUUCCAGAUCUGAGAAGAAGGUCUUUGGUAUCUUGAUUGGUAUCACAUUGAAUCUGUAAAUUGCUUUUGGGAGAAUGGACAUUUUGAUGAUAUUGAUUCUUCCAAUCCAUGAGCAUGGAAGAUUUUUCCAUUUCUUGGUAUCCUCUUCUAUUUCUUUCUUUAAGGUUUUGUAAUUUUCAUCGUAGAGUUCUUUAACGUCCUUGGUUAAGUUUAUUCCAAAGUAUUUGAUUGUUUUUGUAGCUAUUGUGAAUGGGAUUGAUCUUAGAAGUUCUUUCUCAGCAUGGUAUUGCCUGUGUAUACAAAGGAUGUUGAUUUUUGUGCAUUGAUUUUAUACCCUGCUACUUUGACAAACUCUUCUAUGAGUUCCAAUAGUCUCUUUGUAGAGUUCUUUGGGUCCCCUAAAUAAAGAAACAUAUCAUAUGCAAAGAGGGAUAGUUUGAGUUCUUCCUUCCCCAUUUGUAUCCCUUUAAUUUCUUUUUCUUGCUUAAUAGCUCUGGCUAGAACUUCCAGAACUAUAUUGAAUAGCAGUGGUGAGAGUGGGCAUCCCUGUCUGGUACCAGAUCUCAGUGGAAAUGCUUCCAACUUUUCCCCAUUCAAUAUGAUGUUGGCCUUGGGUUUUUCAUAAAUUGCUUUGAUUAUAUUGAGGAAUGUUCCUUCCAUACCCAGUUUACUUAGAGUUUUCAUCAUGAAAGAGUGUUGUAUUUGAUCAGAUGCUUUCUCGGUGUCUAUUGAGAUAAUCAUAUGGUUUUUCUUCUGCAGUCUGUUAAUGUGGUUUAUCACAUUGAUUGUUUUGCGCACAUUAAACCAUCCCUGCAUACCAGGGAUAAAUCCCACUUGGUCUGGGUGGAUGAUCUUUCUGAUGUGUUGUUGCAUUCUAUUGGCCAGAAUUUUAUUGAGGAUUUUUGCAUCUAUGUUCAUCAGGGAUAUUGGUCUGUAAUUCUCUUUCAAUGCUGCAUCUUUUUCUGGCUUAGGAAUUAAGGUGAUGCUGGCUUCAUGGAAAGAAUUUGGAAGGAUUCCCUCUUUUUCGAUUGUUCUGAAUAGUUUGAGAAGAAUUGGAGUCAGUUCUUUAAAUGUCUGGUAGAAUUCAGCAGUGAAUCCAUCUGGUCCUGGGCUUUUCUUUGUUGGGAGGGCCUUUAUUACUGUUUCAAUUUCUGUCUCAGUUAUGGGUCUGUUUAGGUUUUCGAUGUCUUCCUGGUUCAAUUUAGGUAGGUUGCAUGUGGCCAGGAAUCUAUCGUUUCUGAUAGGUUUCCCUGUUUACCUGCAUACAGGUCCUUGUAGUAAUUUCUGAUGAUUCUUUUUAUUUCUGUGGUGUCUGUUGUUACAUUUCCUUUUUCAUCUCUGAUUUUAUUGAUUUGGGUCUUUUCUCUUCUUAUUUUAGUUAGUUGGGCCAAUGGGGUGUCAAUUUUGUUUAUUUUUUCAAAAAACCAGCUCCUUGUUUGGCUGAUUUUUUGUAAUGUUUUUUUGGAUUCAUUCCUGUUGAUUUCUUCUCUGAUUUUAAUUAUUUCUCUUCUCCGACUAGAUUUGGGUCUGGUUUGCUGCAGAUUUUCUAGAUCCUUGAGAUGCAGUGAAAGCUCAUCUAUUUGGUGCCUUUCCAAUUUCUUGAUGUAGGCACCUAUUGAUAUAAACUUUCCUCUUAACACUGCUUUUGCUGCAUCCCAUAAGUUUUGGUAUGUUUUGCUGUUAUCCUCAUUUACUUCCAGAAAAUUUUUGAUUUCUCUUUUGAUUUCUUCUAUGACCCAUUGUUCAUUCAGGAGCAUGUUGUUCAGUCUCCAUGUGUUUGCAUACUUUCUGGGGUUUCCUGAGUUGCUAAUUUCCAACUUCAUUGCUUUAUGGCCUGAGAAGCUGCAUGGUAUGAUUCUAAUUCUUUUUAAUUUUCUGAGACUUGCUUUAUGGCCUAGUAUGUGGUCAAACCUUGAGAAGGUUCCAUGUACUGCUGAGAAGAAUGUAAAUGCUUUCUGUGUAGGAUGAAAAGUUCUGUAUAUAUCUGUUAGAUCCAUUUGGGCUAUAGUGUCGUUUAAAUCUACUGUAUCCUUGUUGAUCUUCUGUCCAGAUGAUCUGUCUAUUUCUGAGAGUGGAGUAUUGAAGUCCCCCAGUACUAUUGUAUUGGGGUCUAAGUCUCCCUUUAAGUCCAUUAACAAAUCUUUUAGAUAAACCGGUGCCCUGUAAUUAGGUGCAUAUACAUUGAUAAUUGUUAUAUCUUCCUGUUGAAUUGAUCCCUUAAUCAUUAUAUAGUGCCCCUCUCUGUCUCUCUUAACAGUUUUUGUAUUGAAGUUUAUGUUGUCUGAUAUUAAGAUGGCUACGCCUGUUCUUUUUUCAUUUCUGUUGGCAUGGUAUAUAUUUUUCCAGCAGCUGGGCUUCCAGCCGGUGGGCGACCUUGCUCUCCCCUGAGGUCCUCCAAGUCACAGCCUCUAGAUCCGGAAGAGUUUCCUCUGCAGUUUUUCCCUGAUCCUUUUCCUGAGGCUACCGUAACUCCACUUUUAUUAAACUAUCUUUUCCCGGACUGUCGGUGCGUGCCCUCGCUAUUCCGCCAUCUUGGCUCCGCCCCCCUUAUUUAAAAAACUUAAAUGCUUUGGAGUAAAUUUAAACAAGGAUUUGAAAGAUCUAUUACAAAACAUUAAAGCAAGGAAUAGAAAAAGACACAAAAAAAUGAACAAGUGUUCCACUUCAUAGAUUGGAAGAAUCAAUAUCAUCAAAAUGUCCAUACUACCAAAAGCAAUUUACAGAUCCAAUGCCAUCCCAAUUAAAAUACCAAUGACAUGCUUCUCAGAUAUAGAAAAAAUACUAAAAUUCUAUGGAAACACAAGAGUCUCCAAUUGCUAAAGGAAUUUUAAACAACAUAAACAAAGCUAGAUGGAUUAUAACACCACACUUCAAGUUAAGAAAUGGGCAAAGGGCUUUAGUAGGCAUUUUUUCAAAAGAAGAAAUUCAAAUUAUCAACAGACACAUGAACAAAAGCUCAGGAUUACUAGCCAUCAGGAAAAUGCAAAUCAAAACCACAAUGAGAUUUCACCUCAUUCCAAUUAGAAUGGCUCUCAUAAAGAAGUCAACAAACAAUAAAUGCUGAUGAGAAUGUUGGGGGAAAUGUACCCUAAUCCACUGUUGGUGGGAAUGUAAAAUAGUAUGCCAUUGUGGAAGAUAGAAUGGAAAUACCUCAGGAAACUGGAAAUACCACAUGACCCAUCAAUCCCAUUCCUGGGAAUUUACCCAAGGGAAAUCAAAUCAGCAUUUGAAGAGUUAUCUGCAACCCAAUGUUCAUUGCAGCUAAAUUCACUACAGCUAAGAUAUAAAAUCAAUCCAGAUGUCCAUCCACUAAUGACUUGAUAAAGAAAUUGUGUGUGUGCGUGUGUGUUUGUGUGUGUGUGUGAAUAGUAUGGAACGCUACUCAGCCAUAAAAAAAGUAUGAAAUGCUGUCAUUUGCAACAAAAAGGGGGCAACCAGAAACCUUUAUACUUAGUUCAAUAAAGCCAGUCCCAACAAGACAGAUACCAUAUGUUUUCCCUGAUCUGAGGUAACUAAGAGUAGCCCAAAUGUAAUGUAUAGGAGUAAAAUUGACCUUUUGAGCUCCAAUGAUUGUUUCCCAUCCUUGUCUCUACUGUUGAGGAGUAGUGUUUUUUUCUCCAUACUAUUUGUUGAACUCAUUACUUAGUGUCAGGUUAAUUUUAUGAGUAAACUGAAAGUAGAUCAUUGUAAAAAUUGAGCAGGAAUAGGAGAGGAAUUAGAAGGAAGUGUGGGAGUGGGAGUGGUUGUGGGAUGGAGGAUAGGGUGGGAAGCAUCACUGUUCCUAAAUCUGCACACAUUAAGUACAUGAACUUUGUAUACAUUAAAUAAAUUUUUAAAACAUAAAAUAUGAGUGUGUUAGAAUCAGCACCUUUCAGAACUAACAAAUUGGGGCCAGUGUAGUGGUGUAUUGAGUAAAAGUUGCCUCCUGUGAGCCAGCCAUCCCAUGUUGGUGCCAGUUCAUGUCCCAGCUGCUCCACUUCUAAUCCAGCUCCAUGCUAAUGGCCUGGGAAAAGUAACUGAAGAUGGCUCAAGUCCUUGGGUCCCUGCCCCAGGUGCAAGACCCAGAUAAAAUUUAUGGCUCCUGGAUUCGACUUGGCACAGUCCUGGCCAUUGCAGCCAUUUGGGGGAGUGAACCAGCAGAAGGAAGACCUUUUUGUCUGUCUCUCCCUCUCACUGUAACUCUACCUCUCAAAUAAAUAAAUAAAAUCUUAAAAAAAAAAAAAAAAAGGAAGAAAAGAAAGUGUAGUCCUGGCAGAGGGGACAGGAAGAGGUGCUUGAGUCUCAUACAAGGGCUUCCACCAUCCCACACUCCCAGUCAAGAAGCAGUGAGCAGCAGAAGAGACUGAAAUUUUGGGGAUGUUUUUGGUACCCAAUGGGAGUGUUACAUGUAAUGUACAGUGAAAAUGGAAGACUCUGGCCAGGAUCUCAUUUACGAGAGCUGCCAAUAGAGAAGCUGCCAUGUCAUGAUUUAGACCCCAGCUAGUUAAGCCUCUCUGGUGAGGAGCUCAGAGAGCGUUCAGUUCUUCUUACUCAGGUAGGUGUUCACUAUCCAUCAUCUGAACUUCAAUCUACCUCCCCUGCAACUUCUUACAGAGAGAGCAUGCUCCCACCAGUCUCCUUGUCAAUAACGUUUGGUUCCUGUAAUUUUAACAUGAUAAUGAAAUAAUUUUGAUGCCAAAAAACUGAAAUCCAUGCCUAUCAAGGGCUCUUCAAAAUAUUCAUGGAAAAUUAUGACAAAGCUAUGCAUAGGUUUAAAAGUGAUUUUCACCAAAAUAACUGCACCUAUUCCAUUUUUCAUGAAUUCUUAAAGUCCCUCUGUAUGCUGAUGUCUGUUUAGUGCAUAAAUCUCCUGUGAGUCAUGCCAAUGGGUAGACUGACACAUGGGAUAUUUGUUUGCCUGAACCUUAAAACUAAGUGACCCAGGGUCGGUGCCGUGGCUCACUUCGUUAAUCCUCCACCUGCGGCGCCGGCAUCCCAUAUAGGUUCCGGGUUCUAGUUCUGGUUGCUCCUCUUCCAGUCAAGCUCUCUGUUGUGGCCUGGGAAGGCAGUGAAGGAUGGCCCAAGUGCUUGGGCCCCUGUACCCAUAUGGGAGACCAGAAGGAAGCACCUGGCUCCUGGCUUUGGAUCAGCAUAGCUCCAGCCAUAGUGGCCAUUUGGGGGGUGAACCAAUGGAAGGAAGACCUUUCUCUCUGUCUCUCUCUCACACUGUCUAAACUCUGUCAAAUAAAUUAAAAAAAAAAAACUAAGUGACCCAGGAGCCCAGCUCAGCUGAUGUCUCUCUGUUGCAGGGGGGCCUGUAUGGCACCCAAGGAGCCCCCUGUGAGAGCCCUGCCUCCUCUGACCACAGGGAAGCAACUGGUACAGAGUGGAGAUGAAGGACAGAACAGGAGCAGGAGGGUGUGUGGUGGCAGAUGGGUGGCUCUUGGCUAGGAGCCUGGCAGCCCUGACCCCAGCCGGCUGCAGAUCCCCAGGCACAGGGACACAUGCAUAUUAGCCUCAGUGUCCCCAGUGCUUGUGACACCACAUGGUCCAGCAACCAGAGGACUGGGGAGCCCUGUGGGUUUCAGUUGGUGAUCUGUCUGGCUUCUACCAGGUGUCCAGUAUUGUUGGGGGCCAAAGUACGAACACCCACUCCAAUCCUGACCUUCAGAGCAUCCUGGAACUGAACAUAGAAGGGAUGGCUGCACGUGGGAGGGAGAAGGAAAAGUGGGACACCUGCUAUGGCUGUGCCAUUUCAAGGGCUGCCCAGGAAGCCCUCUCUCUGCCACCUCCAGGAGAGGUUCUAGAGGGAGUGGCAAGUGAUGUGUGGAGCGCUCAGGGUGGUGAUCACGCAGCUGUUCACGGUUUUGGUGGGGCCUCCUGGGGAGAGGUACAUAGGAAGCAGUGUGUGACAUGGUGGCUACCACUGUGGUCCCAGUGCUGAGGUGAGGUCAGAGCUUGAGAGCAGGGAGCCUGCUGAAAGGUGAAGGGGAAAUGGCAGACAGGAGGUGGCAACCUGGGGACCAUGUGGGGUGUGGGGCUGAGUGUCCUCACCACUGGGUGAAGCCUCAGUGUCCCCAGAAAGAGGAGGCCUUGGCAACCCCUGGGGUCCUCUCUGUGUGAGGAGCAGGUGGUGUCUCCCCAGCCAUGAGGCCAAGAGCUGGGACCUAGGCUGGGGAUGUGUCUAGGAACAUGGCCAGGACCUAGGCUGAUGGGGGUUCACAGGGGGCAUCCCUAGGAAUUGGUUUGGGGGAGGGCAAGAGAGGCUGCAGCCACAGGUGUGUCCCAAACCCCCUUGCAUCCACUCCAGUAUGCAGGAUGGAUGGAAGAGGUGGAGACAACAGACAGGAAGGGCCCCAUGUGACACUCUGGGGGACAGGAGCAAUGCCUCAGUGCAGGUUCACCUGCCUCCCUCCUGGGCUUCUUCCACCCCAUGCCUGGUGGGCAGGGCUGGCUCACCAUGUUGCCAUGUGAGCCUCCUGGCCACAGAAGCACAGCAUGGGUGCUGUGAGGGAGACAUGGGCUCUGAGAGGUGUGUAUUCUGCCCUACUGGGCACAUCCUGCCUGACACGCUGCCUGUGUCUACCCAGCAGGAUGAGCUUCCCCACAGCUGUGUCCUUGGCCCUCCUUGGAGAGCCCGGGAAUUAAACAAUAGCUGCCUAGCUCCUUGCACCAAUGCCAGGUUUCCACAGGCAGAAUGGCUGCAAGAUACCGAGACUGACUUUGUCUCAUGGACGCCCCCGUGUGGCCCUGGGAGCUGCAUUCCCCACCCCCGCCCCCACCUCCAGUUCCAAUCCUGCUUGUCCCCACCCCUGUCCUGUGCAAAACUCAUAUUUUGCUCUGUGUCCACCUGGAUGGGAUUUGGGGACAUGGUCUAGUGACACAGGUCCUGGUUCUCUCUGCAGUGCCUGGGACAGCAUUGCCUUGAGCUGCGCCUGGGAGCUGCCUGCAGGCUCUGCCUGAGUCCAUAGAGCAGGGCAGAGGGAGAGGACGAGGUCCCAGCAGCAUCCCUCCCUCCUCCCCUCUCUCCUGCCUGCUCCACUGGGGAUGCCCUCGCUGGCUCCUUGCAGCCAUCCCUGAGGCCUGCCCAUGGUAAGGCUUUGUGGGCCAAACUGGACAGGCAGCAGAAAAUGAACCAGGAACUGAGUAGAAGAUUUCUUAAAAGGUCUCCCAUGUCCCCAGGAGUUGGGCCUUGGCCCCCUGGGUGACAGGGCUGGAGGACAUUUAGGGUAGAAGCAGUGCCUUGUUUGCUUGGAGGCGGAGGCAGGGUAAGUAAGAUGUGCAUGCUUUGGGAGAGGCGCACUCCCAGAGUGAGCGGCCCUCGGCUGCCACAGGACAGAGCCCAGCUCAGGGCAGGCCAGGAGGGCUGGAGCCAGGACCUUGUACCACUUCCCAUAGCACAGCGCCAGCAGCCUAGGCCUGGGGAGACACCGGCGCACCCUGAUUGUGAGCAGCGAGCGCCUUGAUCCCUGCGGGCCUGCAGCCCUGUUUCUGUGUCCGCGGUCCUGCACCAUCCCCGCCUGAGCUGGGCUCCACCACGGGAAGGCCGGCAGCUCCUCAGCGGGCCUCUUGCAGCAACACCAAAGAGCAGCCAUCUGUCCCCAAGCGCUCCGGACGCGCGCCGCCUCUGCUCCCGCACCCCAACCGCCUUGUCCUGGGCUCGCGCCGCCCUCCUCCAACGGAAAGCGCCUCGGAGCCCCUGAAAGCCUGGAAGGGACGCGAUCCGCAGCCCCAGCUCAGCUCCGUGAGGACUCGAGGGAGAGGCCGCAGCGCCUGGGCCGCGCACCCCGCCAGCGAGUGCCCCUGCUCCCAGCGCCCACGCCGGGGCGCCAUCCCUGAGCCAGAUUCGCAGGCCGUCGGGAGAGGCUCGCGGAGCUUCCCCUGUGGCCGUCCGCGCCAUCAGCGGUGGCUCCCACCCCAUGGGCAGCGAUCCCCAGGCCCGCCGCGGGCUCAGCACUCUUUCCCCCGCGGCUUUUCCGAGGCGGCCGUCGGAUGAAGCCAGCGCAGCCCCAGUCGGGGCCCGCGGGAGCCUGCCCCAUGGUGCUCCUGAAGGUGGCCUCCGCCAAUGGCCACGUGGCGCUCCGCGUGGCCCUGCAGCAGGCCCUGCUGUGCGUCUGGGUCUCGCUGGCCGGCCCCCUGUCGCGCCCUCACGGGGGAAGGUCCCUGAGCAGGCCCCGGGAAGUGGGCACUCGGGUGAAAUCCCGGGGAGGGAGCGACCCGCGCGGCCUGGAAGGGAGAGGGCGAGGAGCAGUGAAGCCCGAGGGCGGCCGCGUGGUGCCCAGCGGUCAGGACGCUCCGGACAGCGGCUCCCAGGCCAGGGAGAGUGCCCCAUCGGCGUUUAGGCGCCUGCAAGUCGGCGGGGUCGCUGCUUGCUUCAUGCCCAGGCCUGGGCCUCUGAAGAGGGACUCGUGUCCCAAGAGCCAGAAGGGGAACCCCCAGGCCCUCUGCAGGUUGCCAGGCAGCGAGCGCCCGCGGGGCAAAGACGGCCCAGCCUUAGCUGCUGUACAGGCACCACAUGCGAAGACCCCCGAGGAAGGCCCACAGGCCAGCGCUCCUGCCUCCUGCAGGGAAACCCAGCAGGAGAAAGCUGCAGGCCCGCUCUCAGGGCAGCGGGAAAACCCGUGGCCUUGCUCACCUCUGAGAGACCCAGCCAGGCCCCUGCAACGGAAGACGCCUCUGCUGCUGCCCUGCAGAAGACAGGAGCCGCUGGUGCUGCCCCUGCCUCCCGACCCAGGCUACAGAGUCACCGCCAAGGACCUGGACUUGGAGAAAUGCGCUGCGCUCCUGUGGAUCAACAAGGUGUUGCGGGUCUACUUCAGGACACAGACAGCAGCGACCCUAUGGGGGUAUGUUCAAUGACGAUCGUCAGGAAGUUGUAAACACGGCUUCACUGCGCACAGUCAGAAUGGCUAAAACAGAGAUGGUAUUAAAUGCCUUAAGGGACUCAGGGUGUCUGGAUCACUCCCACUGUGCUGGUCAAGUGCAAAAUGAUGCAGCUCCUCUGGAAAGAGUUUUACCAUUGUUUUCAAAAGUAAAAAUGGACUGACCACACCACCCAGGGUUGCACUCUUGGACAAUGGU